AUGCGAAAACAAAAUGUUCUAUUCCUAGCCACAGUCAAUGAAGAUCUAUUGGAUUUAAAACGAUGCGGAAGUUACACAAAAGUUCUACGAGUAACCGCUUACGCAAGAAGAUUUAUUUAUAAUUGUCGAAGUGACUAUAAACGAGUUGGUUCUCUAAAUGUUGAUGAAAUUAAUGAAGCUGAAAAUUACUGGAUUUUGAAUGCUCAAGAACAUGCUUUCCCUUCAGAAAAAAAACUCUUUAAGGGGGAAGAGUUAGAAAACAGUUCGAAAAUUAAGUGCUUUAACCCGUUUUUGGAUGAGAACAAAAUAAUAAGAUUAGAAGGAAAGUUACAAUUUUCCAAUUUAACAGAAGAAGGAAAACAUCCAAUUUCGUUAUCAAAUAACUAUGAAAUAACAAAGUUCUUAAUCCAUGAAAAUCACGAAAAAGUUGCUCAUGGAGGCGUAUCCGCAACUAUAACAAAAUUACGACAGAGAUUCUGGAUACUAAAAGCGACAAAAGUUACGAAAAUUAUCAUUAAGAAGUGUUUAAUUUGUAGAAAACAUCGUGCAAAACCAUUUUGUGAAGUUACUGCUCCUUUACCAGCAGAUCGUAUCAUGAAUAUCCAACGCUUUCGAUGUUUCAGCAGUCGAUUUUGCUGA